AUGGAUAUACCAACAGAUGUUUGGGGACAGCUGGCCCUCGAGGCCAGCCAGGUAUAUUUGACUGAAGGUGGAAUGAGGAGUCCCUUUGCUAAUACGACUAUAGAAAAGCUGCCAGAUAAAGUGUUGCUGAACAUAUUCUGCUACCUCACACAUCGGGAAAUAUGUCGCAUGGCCACCGUGUGCAAACGUUGGCGAAUGGUUGCAUAUGACACGCGAUUGUGGACCCAUGUCAGUUUGAGACCCGAGAUUUCUGGUUUACACGUUGGUUCCCUAGAAUCUCUCCUAGCAUUGAUUUCGAUCAGAUUCGGCCCAUCUCUUCGCUACAUCGAACUCCCGAUUGAGCUGAUAACUCACACAGUACUCCAUGAGUUAGCUGCCAAGUGCCCCAAUCUGACUCAUAUGCUACUGGACUUCAGUACUGCGAUGCAACUCCAUGACUUCUCAGAGAUGCAGGCGUUUCCUACGAAGCUGCGUUACCUCUGCAUCUGCCUGUCAGAAGUCAUCUUCAUGGAAGGCUUCAUGAGGAAGAUUUACAAUUUUAUAAACGGCCUGGAGAUAUUGCACCUCAUUGGCACGUAUGAGAAGGUAGAAGAAGAAGAAGAGGAGAUCUAUGAAGUAAUCAACGUACACAAACUCAAGUCGGCCACGCCCAACCUGCGCGUGAUUAAUUUGUAUGGGAUCAAUUUUGUGGACGAUUCGCAUAUCGAUGCUUUCAGCUCUAACUGUAUCCAGUUAGAAUGUCUAGCAGUGAAUUACUGCAAUAAGGUAACGGGUUCCACUAUGAAGACUCUGUUCCAAAGGUCGCGAAGACUCACCUGCCUACUUAUGAAUGGAUGCAGUCUUCAAUCAGAAUACGUGAUGCAGGUGGAGUGGGAAAAGUCUUCGAUCCAGGAGUUGGAUGUGACAGCUACGGAUUUGUCAACUGAAUGUUUAAUCGACAUGCUUAGCAGGAUCCCGAACCUUAGAUUCCUAAGUGCAGGUCAAAUUAAUGGGUUCAAUGACUCCGUGUUAAAGGCUUGGCUGGAGGCUGGUACUACAAGGUAG